GACACUGGCCGGGCUGGGGGACAGCCCGUGCGCGGGCCCCGCGCCGCCCCCGCGCUGCUCGCUGCUGGAGCUGCCGCCCGAGCUGCUGGUGGAGAUCUUCGCCUCGCUGCCCGGCACCGACCUGCCCAGCCUGGCCCAGGUCUGCACCAAGUUCCGGCGCAUCCUGCACACCGACACCAUCUGGAGGCGGCGCUGCCGGGAGGAGUAUGGUGUUUGUGAAAACUUGCGGAAACUGGAGAUCACGGGCGUGUCCUGCCGGGAUGUCUAUGCCAAGCGUAUAAACCCGCGCGUGAAGUCAGGACGUUUUAUGAAAAUCCUCCCCGAUUACGAGCACAUGGAGUACAGAGAUGUGUACACCUGCCUGCUUCACCGGUACAGACACAUUCUGGGACUGUGGCAGCCGGACAUCGGGCCCUACGGGGGACUCCUGAACGUGGUGGUGGAUGGCCUGUUCAUCAUUGGCUGGAUGUACCUGCCCCCCCACGACCCGCAUGUGGACGACCCGAUGAGAUUCAAGCCCCUCUUCAGAAUCCACCUGAUGGAGAGGAAGUCUGCCACGGUGGAGUGCAUGUACGGCCACAAGGGGCCCCACAAUGGCCACAUCCAGAUUGUGAAGAAGGACGAGUUCUCCACCAAGUGCAACCAGACGGACCACCACAGGAUGUCUGGCGGGAGGCAGGAGGAAUUCCGGACGUGGCUGAGGGAGGAGUGGGGGCGCACGCUGGAGGACAUCUUCCACGAGCACAUGCAGGAGCUGAUCCUGAUGAAGUUCAUCUACACCAGCCAGUACGACAACUGCCUGACCUACCGCCGCAUCUACCUGCCGCCCAGCCACCCAGAGGACCUCAUCAAGCCCGGCCUGUUCAAGGGCACCUACGGCAGCCACGGCCUGGAGAUCGUGAUGCUCAGCUUCCACGGCUGGCGCGCCAGGGGCACCAAGAUCACGGGUGACCCCAACAUCCCCGCCGGGCAGCAGACGGUGGAGAUCGACCUACGGCACCGCAUCCAGCUGCCCGAUGUGGAGAACCUCCGCAACUUCAACGAGCUCUCACGCAUCGUUCUCGAGGUCCGAGAGCGCGUGCGCCAGGAGCAGCAGGAAGGUGGGCGAGAGGCAGGCGAGGGCCAUGGCCAUCAGGGCUCCCGGGAGCCACCGCCGCCCAGCAAGGAGCUGGACGCGGCGCCUGCCAAGGACAGCGGGGAGCCUGGGGACGCGGCGGCCGCGGGUGAGCAGUCCGCCCAGUCUGGGCAGGGGCAGCCAUUCGUGCUGCCGGCCGGUGUGAGCUCGAGGAACGAGGACUAUCCCCGUACCUGCAGGAUGUGUUUCUAUGGCACCGGCCUCAUCGCAGGCCACGGCUUCACCAGUCCUGAACGCACCCCCGGGGUCUUCAUCCUCUUCGACGAGGACCGCUUCGGCUUCGUCUGGCUGGAGCUGAAAUCCUUCAGCCUGUACAGCCGGGUCCAGGCCACCUUCCGGAACGCAGACGCGCCGUCCCCACAGGCCUUCGACGAGAUGCUCAAGAAUAUUCAGGCCCUCACCUCCUGACUGGCCACGGCUGUGCGCACGUCCCCACAGCUCCGGGGCUCUGGACGCGACCUGUGAAUAGAAGCAGCAUGCACUUUGGAAAUGCGGCCUUCUGCCGGAACGCACACCUCCCGUCGCCCAGCCCGGCUGCCCCGAGCACUCGACAUACGGCGUGUGACACAUGCCCCGUGUCUGUCAGUACCGCGAUGGGAAAGCUGAGCAUGUCUUGCCAAAAUAAAAAAACAAAGAAUGAACUAGAAUAACCCAGAUUUCGAGGGACAGCUGCAGGCACAUGAGAGUGAAGUGGCGGAGUCGUGCACAUCCUCGGCUCCCCGGUGGUUUUCCAGGGAAAACACGAUCCUCCUUCAGAGAGUCCUUUUCUCGAGAGCAGGUACAGCAGGUUGUGGGGGGGCGCGCCUGCCCCCUCCCCCCCAUGGAGCCAGCAGAAACGACCCCGAGAGGGGUCAGGAAGAGGCAGAUGGUUCGGGCUGGGCAGGUGGCUGGGGGCGGUGCGGAGAAGGAGCUCCCAGAAGCCGGUGGAGGGUCAGGCCGGGGUGGGAUCCAGGAUUGCAUUCCCACUUCUCUAUUGACUCACGUGGAUUUUGGACGAAAGCGUUUCAUCCCAACCUCAGUUUCAAUCCGUCAGUGAAAUGGGGUUAGCGACAUGGGUCACUAGGAACUGUCACUUGUGCCUGCCCCGACCACGCGCUCUAGCUUGGAACCAAGGCCACGUUCUGGCCACGUGACUGCCGCAGCGGCCUGCUCCAGACACAGCGUUUGAUCCAUGCACGCCGCCCUCCCUGUGCACGCUGCCCUGUCAGAACCAAGUCUGUGGGGUCACGCAUCUGAAGUGGUCCCUGCGUUUAUUGCAUUUGCGUGGUUUAUACAGGGGCAGUUCUUGGAAGUGUUAAUGGCCAGAAGUGGCCACGUCAGAUGUGGAAGCCCCUCAGCAGGUGGGAGGACAGCUUUCUAGAAAAGCCGCACCUACGUAGGGGUGCACUUUGGAAGCCAGGGCCUGUCGGGGACCCUGCAGCUCCAACACCCCAAGUGCUGCUGCUUCUGCUGGCGUUGUGCCCAGCGUUGUGUUAACACCUGCACUGGGGACCCUGUUGAAGAUUUUAGCAAUGUUAGUGUCACCUGAAUGAAGAGCAGUGACCACAGGGCCUGGAGCUGGCCCCUCCUCCAGCCUGUCACCUGCUCUGUCCCCACGUGGACUUGUGGGUGCAUCCCCCUCUACCGCUCAUCCUGGGCUGGGCACCCUGGACUCGAGGGACCCACCCCCAGAUGUGACUGACUUGUGGUGCCUUUGUACAGAGACCAGCCUGAGGAUGUCCCAGGAAAUGUUUUCCCGAUUAAUCUCUCCCUGACUGGCCUUUAAUCAAAUAAAAUGAAAAUUCCCAUUGCCCGAGCUUCAGUCCGUUUGCAGCUUCCUUUGCUUCCCAGAGAGACUGGCGAGUGGUGUGGCCGCAGCGCUCAGUGGUACUUUGCCCGCCCUCAGGACGAGGGCGUGGAGAAGCGCACCCCGGGCAGCCCGGGUCCAGAAGCUCCCAGACCCCGCGCUGCGGGAGUUUCUGCUGCUCCUGCAGGGAGUUGAGGGCAGAGUCCCCUUUCUGGUCUCUCACAGGAUUCGUCUAAAUGCCCUCUCUGGUCGUGACUCUGUGUGUCAAAUGAGGCAGUCCCUGAAUGAUGGUGACGGUGGCCACGAAGCCCCAGGGCCACACGCACGCAGGCUGGUGCUCUAAACAGCGCACCACUGUUUAAAUCAGGAAGACGCAUUUUUUACCAAGAGCCUGAGGCUCACUCUAAAGGGCCCGUCCCAUCGAGGUGUCCCCUGGGGCCAUAAAGAGCACAUGGACGGGGAUGAGCAUUCUGAUUAAAAAGUCUCAAAUCCGAA